GGAUGACCUUGUCGGAGCUAGACGCCUCCCACCUAAUCCGUCGCCAUUUCUGCUCUAGAGUGGCCAACUUCCUCACUGUACUUUAUAAUGAUCAAAUCUGUUUUAAUCUUCAACAACCAUGGCAAACCUCGGUUAAUUAAAUUUUACCAACAAAUUGAUAUCGCAACACAACAGGCACUGGUUCAAGAAAUAUAUUCACUCGUAUCAAAACGACCUGACACAGUAUGCAACUUUCUUGAAGGAAGCAAACUCUUGGGUGGCAAAGACACACGCGUAAUUUACCGUCACUAUGCAACACUCUAUUUUGUAUUUGUGGUCGAUGAAAGCGAAAGCGAGCUUGGCAUUCUAGACUUGAUUCAGGUGUUUGUCGAAAGUUUGGAUCGCUGUUUUGAAAACGUGUGUGAAUUGGACCUGAUUUUCCAUUUUGACGAGGUGCAUCAUAUUCUGUCAGAGAUAGUACAAGGAGGCAUGGUACUCGAAACCAACAUGAAUGAGAUCGUGGCAGCGAUAAAUGAGAUGAACAAGGCAAAGAAGAAAUCGGGCAGUGUGUCAACAGGCAGUCUAUCUACCCGGGCUAGUGAAACAUUGCGUGCAGGAUUCCGUCAUUAGAACCAGCAAGCAGCAGCAUACCAAUUUGCAUACACGUCAUAUUUUUAUUUGGACCAUAUAUAUAAAAACAAAUUGAAGGGAAAGGGAAAAAGAACAAAAAGCAAACAUAAGAAGAACGCAUGAACAAGGAAAGAGAGGAAAAAGAGACUGGAUAUCUGGUUGUUGUUGUUGUUGUUGUUGUUGUUGUUGUUGUUG